GACUCGGCCACUGCCAUCAAGACUGUCAGUUUGGGAGAACAGCCCAUCAUACACACAGCUGAAAGAGCAGAAGGACCACUUCCAAAAGAAGUUUUAAAAAAGGAAUGCCUUCACAUUAGAAGUAGCCACUCAGGAAGGCACAGGGGGGGAAGCAGGAGCCAAGGGUGUCUUUUAUGAAUAAUCAAAAGCAGCAAAAACCAACGCUAUCAGGCCAGCGUUUUAAAACCAGAAAAAGAGAUGAAAAAGAGAGGUUUGACCCUACUCAGUUUCAAGACUGUAUUAUUCAAGGCUUAACUGAAACUGGUACUGAUUUGGAAGCAGUAGCUAAGUUUCUUGAUGCUUCUGGAGCAAAACUUGACUACCGCCGCUAUGCAGAGACACUCUUUGACAUCCUGGUGGCUGGCGGAAUGCUGGCCCCAGGUGGUACACUGGCAGAUGACAUGAUGCGCACAGAUGUCUGUGUGUUUGCAGCACAAGAAGACCUAGAGACCAUGCAAGCAUUUGCUCAGGUUUUUAACAAGUUAAUAAGGCGCUACAAAUAUCUGGAGAAAGGUUUUGAAGAUGAAGUUAAAAAGUUAUUGCUCUUCCUAAAGGGGUUUUCAGAGUCGGAGAGGAACAAGCUCGCCAUGUUGACCGGGGUUCUUCUGGCUAAUGGAACACUUAACGCGUCCAUUCUUAACAGCCUUUACAAUGAGAACUUGGUUAAAGAAGGGGUUUCAGCAGCAUUUGCUGUAAAGCUCUUUAAAUCAUGGAUAAAUGAGAAAGACAUCAAUGCAGUUGCUGCAAGUCUCCGGAAAGUCAGCAUGGACAACAGACUGAUGGAGCUGUUCCCUGCCAAUAAGCAAAGCGUCGAGCACUUCACGAAGUAUUUCACUGAGGCAGGCUUGAAGGAGCUUUCGGAGUACGUCCGCAACCAGCAGACCAUCGGGGCUCGGAAGGAGCUCCAGAAAGAGCUUCAGGAGCAGAUGUCCCGUGGGGAUCCAUUCAAGGACAUAAUUUUGUAUGUCAAGGAAGAGAUGAAAAAAAAUAACAUCCCCGAACCAGUGGUCAUUGGGAUAGUCUGGUCAAGUGUGAUGAGCACCGUGGAGUGGAACAAAAAGGAGGAGCUUGUAGCAGAACAAGCCAUCAAGCACUUGAAGCAAUACAGCCCUCUGCUCGCUGCCUUCACCACUCAGGGUCAGUCUGAGCUGACCCUGUUACUGAAGAUUCAGGAGUACUGCUAUGACAACAUUCACUUCAUGAAAGCCUUCCAGAAAAUUGUGGUGCUUUUUUAUAAAGCUGAAGUCCUGAGUGAAGAGCCCAUUCUGAAGUGGUAUAAAGAUGCACACGUUGCAAAAGGGAAAAGUGUCUUCCUUGAGCAGAUGAAGAAGUUUGUAGAAUGGCUCAAAAAUGCUGAAGAGGAAUCUGAGUCUGAAGCUGAAGAAGGUGACUGAAUUUUGAAACAACAUCCUCAGUAAAGCAAACAGGAGUUGUAGAUAAAAUGUCAUGUCUCAUGUGUCCUGGUUCUUACAUCUCCCUACCUCCCUAUAUCAAGCAUGAUAUAAGGGCUUUCAUGGCAGUUUUUAUUUUCACUUUUUAUGGUUCCUGGAAACGGUGGGUUGGUUUCAGAAGCCAUGUGUCAGGAGCUGCAGGGGCUGUAGAACUGAAUCUGGUGUGGCAUUGUCUGUCAGUUACCUUCUACCUCCUGUAUUUUCUACUGUAAUAAUGUGAUGUAAGGCCUUCGCAGUGAGCACUUCACUUUAUCCAACCUGGGUUUUCUAUAUAACAGUUUUCAAGAUAGGAUUUGGUUAAAAAUAAUUUGUUACAAAAAAUUCUGUUUGCAAAUUAAACUGUAAAAGUAUCCAAAGUCUCAAAAGGCAAUGAUUUGUGUGAUAAUUUAGUAUGUCCAGAGCCCUGUCCCAUCAGCGAAAAUCCUGUAGACAAUUGAAUCCAUAACAUGAAUCCUGAGUGUUUGGACCAUUGGUUAUAUGUUAGCAUUUUAUUGUAUUUUUAACCCCAGAUGUUGUUUGUUCUCUGGUUUCAUCCUUAGUAAAUCCAUGGAGAGCAAACUAGAGUUUGAGAGCUCAUACAUGGCAGAGGUAGGAAGAGAGCUGAGUUUUUCCCUGGAAACUAGUAUGUCCAUCUGUAUCUUUGGAUAAUGUAGAUUCUCUGCAUAAACAUUCUACUCAGGACACAGCUAGACUGUGAGGAAGGGGUUCCCAAAGGAUUGGGAGUCGAGGAAACAGCUUGUCACUAACCCCUGAGAUGGUUGGGAGUGUUCGGGGUGAGCAUGUUCUCCCAGGAUCUAUCAGGACUCCAUUUCCUGUUAGGAAGGUGAAGGCAGUCAUAGCCGCCUCCUACUGGCCUGGCUUCAUUUUUCUAUGUUCCAACACCUAGUAACAUACCCUAGUUGCCAUUUUUUUUAAUUGCCAUGAGCCAAAUACUUCUUUAAAUGAUUAAUCCAUUGAUUUUAAUGGCUGCCUUUUUUGUUGCUUUUCUUUUUGCUAUCCAUUUGUAGUUGGUAGGGGGAAAUGUAGCCACCUUUUUGGGAAAGGCUAAAAGUGAGUUUUUUAAUUGGUAAAAGAAAAUAGAAUAAUGCCACCAGAGACUGAGUGGAAAUUACCCAUUUUUGAAGGUGCCAUUCUUAGAAGCCAAUAAUUUGGUAUUUAAAGCUUGUCUUGAGAGAAUAACAUGUAAUAUAAUUUGAAAUAAAGGUAUAGUAACCUCGAGAGCAUUAUAGCAAAAACAUGGAUGGGUGGGGUGAAUUUGUAAAAUGAAUGACUUUGAUAAAGUUUUAUGCACAGGCAAAUGUAUUCAUUAGAUUCUGUGUAGUGAUCUGCUUUUUCUUUGUAAUUUGUAGUCCUAAAAAAAAUUUUUUUUUAAAUAAAGUCCAUCCUUACAUUUA